CAGGUUUUUGUUAUUCCCUUACUAGAUAGGAGUGAUUGCAAAGAUCUGUAUCAUGAACACAUUUCUACUUGUGAUGUUCGUGGUGCUGUUGGUGCUCCAACCCAUUCCCUGUGAUAUGACAGUGUGCCACAGAUUGACAUGGGAUUCUCUGUUCUUCCCAUGGUACGAAUCCUGUCCUGUUUGGCUGAAUCAAGCUGCAGAAAUCAAAAUGGUUUUAGUUGUCACAUGUUGUCUGAUGGAUCGAGUGCCUGAAGCUGUGACCAUGAUCAAGUCGGCUGUGCAGUUCACCCCAACUCCAUUCCACAUUGUGUUCUUCACUGAUCAUACUGCAUUGCAUGUUCUCCAAUCCCAGCUUCCAUCUCUUCUCCCAUCACAUGUUACUGCAGAAUUCUAUCCACCCAUGUUCCCAGGAGAUGAUUGGGCUAAUAUGUUUGCUCCUUGCUCAUCCCAGCGACUCUUCUUCCCAUCAAUCCUCCCAUUUGAUGCAGUUCUAUAUGUUGACACUGAUGUCAUUUUCAUGAGCAGUGUUGAAGAGAUCUGGUCACAUUUCAAGGCCAUGAACUCUUCACAGUUUCUGGGAGCAUCUCUUGAGCUGGAAGAGCACUCCUUUGGUCACUAUGGCAGUGGGGCAUCUCAGAUCCCAUUCUAUGGGCCAUCUGGCCUCAAUGCAGGUGUCUUGCUGAUGAAUCUGACCCGAAUGCGUAGUUUUGACUGGGGACGCCAGAUCAUGACCCUACACUCCAAGUAUCAGAGUCAAUACCAUUUUGGUGACCAAGAUAUAAUCAACAUAGUUGGGCACAUCCACCCAGAGUUCAUUUACCUCCUGCCCUGUCGCUUCAACUUUCGUCCAAUGCACUGCCUCAGCUUAACCCAUUGUACGCGCAUUGAUGAAGACUCGAUAUGUACCCCCGACAACAUGUGUAAGUCAGCUGGCGUCCAAGGUGCAGCAAUCGUGCAUGGGAAUAUCAAGAUGUUUCAUGGAUCCUGGAGUCCAUUUCGUGCCCUUUAUGAAGCCAUGAGGGAUUGGGAUCCCAACCUGGGCAUCAAGGCACUUCUGAAACAGGUACGGAAGGAUUUUGAUGUCAUGGACAAGGAACCAUGUGCCCGCCAUGGGAAUAUCAUCACCAAGAGCCUGGACAACCUUGUCAGGAAACUUUCACCAAGUGCCGGUGAGCAAACAGUCAUCACUGUAUUGUGUGGAGAAGACCAUUCAGCUCUGAAUGUAACCCUGUUGUCACUCACACUUCUGACCAAGAAUCCAUUCCGUCUCAUUGUGCUGUCUGAGCAGAUCUCAGCAUCUGUUCUUGGCUCUGUAGCUGAUCACCUCCCAUCAUGGACCAAGGUAGAAGUCAGAAGUUUUAACACAAAGGAAGUCUUUCAGCCAGACAGGAGUUGUUCUGCUUGGAGGUUCCUUGCACUUCAUCUUCUUCAAGAUGUAGAUUCUGCAGUUUAUGUUGAUCCUGGUACAGUGUUCUUUACCCCUCUAGAUGAACUCCAUUCCUUCUUUUCUUUGAUGAACUCUUCACAUGCCAUUGCCUUAUCACUUAUCGAUGGAGACCCAGAAUAUGAACUCAGUGAAUACACUUCUCAGAGUAUCCUUCCAUAUUAUGGGUCUUCAGGAAUACACUUGGGUGUCGCCCUUGUCAGUCUCAUUAGACUACGAAAUUCAGCCUUCUUCCAUCAACUUGAAAAUAUUCAGGCAGAGUACCCAGAAUCAAUUCAAAGUGAUCAAGAUCUCUUAAAUGUUUUUCUCUCUAAAAAUCCCGGUCUGGUGUUGGACCUCCCAUGCCGGUUUAACUAUCGCGAGGAGAUGUGCAAUUCUGUGUACCAAUGUAAUGAUGUGACAAACAAGUCCACUUGCACCUCUGUAAGCUCCUGUGCAAGUGCAACCCAAGAUGGCAUUGCAGUCCUCCAUCCUGCUGCCUUUCUUGAACAACGGGAGCCCAUAUUCCAAGCUGUGUUUGAUGCUUACAAAGAGAUCAGUCUGCCCCUGAAUCCCUUUGCUUAUGAGCAGCAGCUGGAAUCCAUAAGAAUGUCCUUCUUGUCCAAUUUGAAGAAGGUGUUUAAUCUGGGUGCCGUUGACACAAAGCGCCGACGGACCUUUGAUCACAUCCGGACUGAUGCCGACCCCAAAGAUGUCUGGCAUAUUGUGGGAGAACUGGGAGAUGGGGCAUUUGGCAAAGUCUACAAGGCACAGCAUAAGGAAAAACAGAUCCUUGCUGCAGCCAAGAUCUGUGAACUGGAGGACGAGGAAGAUCUCAGCGACUUUACCAUCGAGAUCGACAUCCUCAGCGAGUGCCAACACCCUAAUGUGGUUGGUCUUUACGAGGCGUUCUUCUUUGAAGGGAAGCUGUGGAUGUUGAUAGAGUACUGUGAUGGUGGUGCCUUGGAUUCGAUUAUGGUUGACCUGGACAAACCAUUGAAUGAGCCACAGAUCGCUUAUGUUUGUCAAAGUAUGUGCCAAGCCCUGGACUUUCUCCAUCGGAAUCGAGUGAUCCAUCGUGACUUGAAGGCAGGAAAUGUCUUGCUCACGAUGGACGCCGGUGUGAAACUGGCCGACUUCGGUGUCUCGGCCAAAAAUCGCUACACCCUUCAGAAGCGGGACACCUUCAUCGGCACCCCAUAUUGGAUGGCCCCAGAGGUAGUGUCCUGUGAGACCUUCCGUGAUCACCCGUAUGACUUCAAGGUUGAUAUUUGGUCCUUAGGCAUCACACUGAUAGAGUUUGCUCAGAUGGAGCCACCCAACCACGAGAUGUCACCCAUGAGAGUUCUCCUCAAGAUUCAGAAAUCUGAGCCGCCAAAGCUGAAUCAACCACAGAAGUGGAGCCGCUCUUUCAAUGAGUUCAUCGCUACAUGCCUUGUGAAAGAUCCGCAGAAACGACCCACUGCUUCUAGAUUACUUGAACAUUCAUUCAUCAACCGGGUUCUGGAUUCCAAGUCCAUUCGGGAUCUUCUUCUGGAGUAUAAGGCUGAGAUUGUGGAAGAAACAUUGGAAGAUGCAGAAGAUGCUCAGGAUGACGUGUCUGAAGGAGACGUGAGCGAGUCUCGUUUUUCCCGACUCAGCUUGAGUAGUGCAUCAGGAACUGUGAAGGUAGAAGAGGUCCAAAACAACUCUGACAGUCCUAGCACUGCCAGAGAAGGACAUACGCCCAUGAAAGCGAAACCAAAUCGUAAAAGCUGUGGAAGUCUGGAUCGGCUUAGCAUUGAUUUUGACAGUCCCUCAGAAGUAGAAUCUAGGAGACGAACAGAGAAGCGACCUGCUCCAGCACCUCCUAUUCCAGUUUCACAAGUAGACUCCAAGAUGCCGUCAAAGCCAAUUGAGAAGGAAUCCAGAAAGUCUGAGAAUGAACCUAGUAAAGAGGAGCGUAAAGAAGUUGUUAGUGAGCCUACAGUGCCUCUGCCAGUUAUCAAAGAUAACUUUCCUUUGCCCAUCAUCAAAGAAGGAGUGCCUUUGCCCAUCAGAGAUGACUUGCCUUUGCCCAUCAAGGAUGGGUUGCCUUUGUCCAUCAAAGAUGGGUUGCCUUUGCCAAUCAUCAAGGAUGAUUUUUCUCCAGCGCCUUCCUCUUCGCCGUCCAUGUCAGAUUCCCCUGUGCCUGAACCUGUGGCUGAUGAACCCAAAGAUUUAUCCUCACCGAGUGUGUCUGUAAGCAUAUCCAGGAAGGAAACAUCUAACGAGAGUAUUCCAAUACCUUCGAAUGAUAAUUCCAGCAUCACCCAAGUAGUCAUCAUCAGCAGCGGAACCAGUAGCCCUGCCCCAUCAAAAACAGAUGAUUCGGGGCUCCGCCUAGAUGAGAGCGAGGUUGUGAUCAUCAACUCAAGCAUGUCAUACCCCAAUGCACCCACAUCAACUGAUGAUUCUGUGAUGAACUCCGACAGCGGAGCGGAAGUAAGUCACGUCUCCAUUGUGACCGUUGGCGAUCGUGAGGAAGUGAGGGACUCGGCCGCAGCUGCUGAAACCCAAAGUAAUGUGUCCAGCCUCUCCUUUGACACCCACUCCUUGAGUGAAAGGAGUUGCCCCUCUGGAGGGGAUGAACCGCCGCAGACAAUCAUCCUUGAGGGAACCACUGUCAGUUCUUCCGACGUUGAUCAACUUGAUAAGGACCCUGGUCAGAACGGCAAGACCACUCCAAACGAAGUUCCCCUUGACCAUAACGAGAAUGAAUCAGAUGAUGAGCCGAAUGAAGCCCGGCCCCCAAUAAAAGUGAACAUCACCUUGGAGAAGACGACGUCUCUCAAUGAUGAGGAAGCAACAGAGAUUCACACUUCGCCAGCAGGAAGUCGGCCGCCUUCUCAGCCCUUAAAGCGGCACCCGUCCCCAGAUUACGAUCGUGAGCCACCCGUGACUCCGUCCAUUCCAGUGAAGAAAGAAGGGUGGGAGACAAACAGCGACACGACAUCCAGCAGCAGAGGCAGUGACAAAGAGAAUCUGCCUAGCAACGGCGAGCCCGUCCAGCUUCGUAAGAAGCCCUCCGCCACUGCCGCCGCACAGGCUGCCCGGGAACGAAACGCUAGGAAGGAGGAAAUGAACCUAAAGAAGAAGACCCGAAAGAGGACAAGGAAGUUUGAAAUCGAUGGGGUCACUGUCACCACCACAACCAGCAAAAUUAUAUAUGGAGAUGAGGAGGGAAUGCUCUAUGAUGACCACGUCCUUCGCAAACAGGAACUGCGAGAGCUAAAAAUGCUUCAGAAGCAAGAGCAGAAGCAGUUUCAGGAUUUGGCCCUCAAGGCCCAGUUGGCAAGAGAUCAACAGGACAGGAAAUUUGAGCAGGACAUGGGUACUUUGAUCAGGCAAUUUGACACUGAAUUGGAGAAUAUGACUCGGACCCAAAAGGUGCAGGUGGAGAAAGCAGAACAGCAACUGGACAUGGAUUUGAGACUGCAUUCAAGAAAGAUUCGGGCUGAGCAAGAAAGGGAAUUGAAACAAUUCAGGGAAGGACUGAAGCAUGAGAUGAAACUUAUGAAGCAGGAUAUAGAACGGAUGUCGAAAGACAAGCGGAAGGAAGCCAUGAAAGUCAGGAAGGAUAAAAUGGAGCAAGAUCAUGCCGAGCGAGAGAAGGCCUUCCUCGAAAAGCUGAACGACGAGCAUGAAACGGCUCUGAAGAGGCUCAAUGAGAAGCACCGUGAGAAAAUCGCCAUGAUGGAGAAGCAGUUCCUGCAGCAAAAGCAGCAACUUCUCCGUAGCCGAGAGGCUGCUAUCUGGGAACUGGAGGAGAAGCAGAUCCAUGACAAGCACCAGCUGGCCAAGCGACAGCUGAAGGAUAUAUUUUUCCUCCAAAGGUACCAGAUGUCAGUACGUCAUGACAAAGAGAUCGAUCAGGUGAAGCGUAUGAAUGCCCGCAGGGAAGAGGAGCUCUUGAAGGCCCAGGAAAUCGAGAAACGUCAAUUGCCGAAACGAAUCCGAGCCGAGCGUAAGGCACGGGAGAUGAUGUUCCGUGAAAGUAUGAGGAUUUCGGCUGUCAACAUCCUGAAUCCUGAGCAAGAGAAAGAGCGUUUGAAAAGGUUUCAGGAGCAGGAGAACAAGCGAUACAAGGCGGAACAAGAGAGAUGCCGAUUGAAGCAGCUGCGGCAGUUGGAGGACACCCGUCAGAUGGCGGAGGCGGCCGUGAAGGAGCUGGAGAGCAUGCAGAACGAGAAGAGGCGUCUUCUCAUGGAGCACGAGAUGCAGAAGCUGAAGCAGCAGGAGGAGGAGUACAGCCGAGAGCUGAGGGAAUGGCGAGCAUUGCUCAAGCCUCGCAAACAGCGACUCGAAGACGAGUUUGUGCAGCAGCUAUCAGAGCAGGAGAAGUUCUAUGGGGUGUCAUUGCGAUCCAAUACACCUGAUGCGUAUACUGCUGAGCUGUAUGUCCCUGGCCGGCCUUCUUCCAGGUCGAGUGGCAGCCCUGCCCUCUCACUCCAGAAUGACCCGAUCCAGCCGUAA